GCAUCUCUUUCCUUCUUCGCCAAUCCAACCAAAGUUAUUCUUAUUCUCUCCGGUCUUCGCAAGAGAAGCACUAAUCCACCACAACGCGAUUGCAAUCCACACAUAGCUGUCGAAGGAUCCGUCCAUUGACAUGGAGCUGGAGCUCGGGCUGGCGCCGCCGAACACGAAGCACCUCCUCGGCGACACGACGGAGGUGGACUCUGCCGCCUGCCGCGGCGGGAGCGGGACGAAGAGAGGCUUCGGCGAGGCGUUCGACGAGGAGGAGAAGACGCAGGCGGCGGCGACGCUGCCGCUCUUCGACGACGGCGGCAGCAGCAGCGGCAGCGUUCGGAAGCAGAAGAAGGCGGCCCUGGUGGUGGGGUGGCCGCCGGUGAGGGCGGCGCGCCAUGGCGGGCACGUGAAGGUGUGGAAGGAAGGCGUGGGCAUCGGGAGGAAGGUGGACGUGUCACGCCAAGGCUCCUACGGCGGCCUCCUCGACACGCUCGCCCGCAUGUUCCCCGACGAGAAGGAGACGCGUGGGCAGCAUGAUGACGAUGGUGAUGAUCGUGGCCUCGUGAUCACCUACGAGGACGCCGAUGGGGACUGGAUGCUGGUCGGAGACGUGCCGUGGGAUGAUUUCGCGCGGUCUGUGAAACGUCUGAAGAUUCUGCUCUGACAGCCGAGAGGAUACAAUAGAGAUGGCCAGGGGAUGCUAGAUUUUGGGAAUGUUCCUUUUUUCUGUGAGAUGCUUAUUGCCUGCACAUCUUCACUGCUUGUUAUGCCACAAUUACAAUCAAUCCAUUCGUGUAUAAUACAACGUUUUCUUCUCUCUCAUUUUUCGGUUUUCAGAGAGCGUGUAAACUUAUGCAACCGUUUCUUCUUUACAACCAAAAUACAGUUUCAAUUGUCAAA